AUGGAGAAGAUUUCUAUAUCAAUGCUUAGAAGAAAGGGGUUUAAUUAUUUUAAAGGAGUCCUUGAAUCUCCAUCGGUUGGCUCAUCAGGGGGUUUAAUGAGUUGUUGGGAUGAUAAAGUUUUCAAAUUAGAAAGUCAGUCUAUCUACAGAAGAUUCAUUGUCUUAUCCGGAAAAUUUCGUGUCAAUAAUUUCAAUUGUAUUUUCAUCAAUGUUUAUGGCCUUUCAGUAGAUGAGGAGAAAGAUAGUUUUUUUGAAGAGUUGAGCAUGUUCAUAAGUGGCUUAAUUGAGUUACCUUUAAAUGGAGGAAGGUUUACUUGGUGCAAUAAUCAAGAUACCCCUACACAUAAUGGAGGUGUCAAUUGGGGUAAAAAGCCUUUUAAACUUUUUAACUAUCUCAUGGAAGAAGUUGGGUUUGAGGAUUUGGUCAGAUCUUCUAUUCAAGAAAGGAAGAAUCAGCAGAGGAAGGCUGGAAUUUAUAGUAUACUGAGAAAUACAAAAACUGCUAUAAAAAAUUGGGCCGGCAGUAGGGUCCAAUUUCCUGGGGCUAAUAUCUUAGCCUUAGAAUCGAGGAUCCACAGUCUAGAAUUGGAUAUUCAACAGUUGCAGGAUGAUGUUAACAGUGGAAUGGCAGCAGAGUUAGUUUCAACAAGAAUAGAAUUGUGGAGACUCUAUAAAAUAGAGGAGCAAAUCUGGUUCCAAAAGUCCAGAUCAAAAUGGAUAGAAGAUGGAGAUAGAAAUACAAGUUUUUUUCAUAAUUGUGCUUCGAUUAGGAAGAGGAGGAAUGCUUUGAAUGCCUUGAAUAUCGGGGGUAAUGUUAUUAAAGAACCUUCUGUCAUUAAGACCAUUAUUAGGUACCACUUCUUUAAGAUUUUCAAUGAGCAUUCGACUUUAGAGGUGGAAGAGACCAGGUUGAUUUUUCCUAGUAUUUUAGUUGAGCAUAAUAUAAGUUUAGAGAAGGAAUUUUCAGAGGAGGAAAUCUGGGAGACUAUGUAA